CAGCUGAGGAGCCUGAUAUCUACUUGGAACCAGCAAAAAGUUACUUUCUUCUAUUAAACUAAAACCAGGAAGUGUUUUGCAGCACAGUAAUGGUGUCCCACCAUUCAGCUUUAAGCAGCCUGUUUGCUGAUGAGCCUUUUCUGAGCCAGGAGGGGAUGCUUUGGCCACUGUGUGAUGAAGCCCUGUCCUCUCUGCAGCAGAACUUCUUUGGUCGGAGAGGAAAGCUGGCUGAAAGCCUCCUCAGAGAUGUCCAUGAUGGAUCACAGCUGCUCACACUCGCCCAGUUUCCUGUCAUUUCAUCCACACUGAAAAGACUAAACAAAGACAGAGAGAAGAGGACAGAGGUGGUCACCACAGAUCUAAACAAAAACACGGAACAGACCAGCGACAAAAACGAUCUUCUUGUGACCUUAGACGCCCGCGGUUACGCUCCGGGGGACAUCACAGUCAAACUAGAGGGGCGAAGUCUGGCGGUUGUGGCAAUGAAGCAGGCCGGAGCAGAGGAGAGCCAGUCCUGCUCCUCCUCCUCCUCCUCUGCUUCCUUCUCCUCCUCAGCGUCGUCCCAGAUGGGCUUCAUGCAGAGAAUAGAUUUUCCUGAUCACCUGGACCUGUCUGGGCUGUCCUGCUCCCUGAUGGAUGAUGGGCAGCUUCGGAUUCAUGCCCCUGUGGCCAAGCAGCCUAUCGGUGAGGAGAAGCAGGUGCCCAUCCGCUACAGGACCUCGCUGGAGUUUCCCAUUAAAAAUGGCAACACAGAUGAGGAACAUAGAGACUGAAGCUGCAGACGGUCUCUGCCUGAGACACAUGAAAACAUCUGCAGAAAGACUCUGUAACGAGUACAGUUUACAUUCAUUUCUUAAAAAGCUGAUUUUAAAUAUAUUUUGUAACAUUUUAAAGUCUUUAUAUUGAUAAAAUCAAUAAAAAGCCAAAGAGUUUCA